AAAUAAACGAACGGAAUCUCCGAGAUUCCCACAAAAACCUCUUCAUAUGAUACACUCUUUACUACUAGACUGAUUUCAACAUCGGCGCAGGCUUGCAGCUGAUAAUUGGAUUUAGCUGCAAAAGAAGAAGAAAAAAUGGCGGAAAAUACGGAGGCUGAUGCUUUGGAUGAAGUGCGGCUUCUACGCGAAAGAAUCGACAGAGAAUAUCCUGAUUCGAUGGGGUGGAGAGUAGUAUCACUUUUGGAGUCUUUGAAGGCGCUUGAUAAUCAAGAAUCUGAAAUCAAUUCUUGGCGAAGCUCAGAUUGUUCUAGAUUGCAGCAAGAAGUUGACGCGCUUAAUGAAAGGCUGCAUAGUGGUAGAAAUUACGAAGAUUCUUUCGAGUUUCAUCCUUCUUUUCAAGACUCUAGUGAGAGAUUGGAGUUGCUGAAGAAGGAACUUGCCACAAAGUUAAGAUCAAUUGUGUCGCUAAAGCGACAGCUUGACGAAGUGCCAUCGCAGGCUGAAUUAAUACAGUAUGAACUCCGUUUCUCAGAACUUAAUACUCAAAUUCAGAAAAAGCUUGUAAACACCCGUAAGCACUACGAUACAUAUAAUGCUUUGUUGGAGAUUCGAGAAUUGAUGCUAAAGGAAACAUCUUUGUUGAACUCAAUCAGUUUGCAGUUCCAAAAUGCUAUUACUAGUGCUGAUGGAAGGAUAAAACUGAUCAACUCUCUUGAGGGAAUUUUAAACGGAACCCAACAGAAACUCGAGAAAGUGCAACUGGCGCUGCAAUCAGAACAGAAGUCACAUGAUAAUACUAAAGAGAGUUACACAGCUGCAAUUUCACAGCAAAGACAGUGCUCGUCUUUCUUGAAACUUUUCCAGGAAGAAUGUGCACGGAAUGAGAAGCUUCGGGCGCAGAUACGCGAGCAUGGACCUUCUCCUCACCAAGAUAAACGAAAAUAGUUUUUAUAGAAAUAUUUGGAAUUUAAUGAUAAUGACGUUGGGGUUUUUGUAAAUCAGUCCCAAUUCUUGAAAUCUUGUUUAUUACUAAUCAUAGCUAAUUUUUUUCUUGUGUAAUUUAGUUCAAAAUCGAUAUUGCGUAAGGCUCAACCACGCACCCUGUGGUUUUUGUUUGAUAGUAAAUCCGAGUGAGAUGAUAUUCGAAAAUCGUUCCUAAUAUUUCUGAUAAAUAAGUAUUGGAAAUAAUACUAUAAUUACUUAUUUGCGGAUUGUUGAAGAAAAAUAUUUAUGUAGGUUCGAUGAUUCUUUGA